AUGCACAUCCAUGUCGUCUCCAAAUCUAACAACGCCGAACAUACCACUAUCUCCCUCAACCCGGCAAUUAGCCCGUUACCUCCCUCGUCCAUCCGCGUGAAACCGGAGCUAGUAAGCCUGACAUCCAACAACCUCAGUUAUGCGCGCAGCGGCCACAUUCUCCGCUGGUGGGACACCUAUCCCGUUCCAUCAAAUUCACCUGCCCCCUACAACGACCAGUCAACCUGGGGAAUCGUGCCUGCCUGGGGGUACGGCAUCGUAUUGGAGAGCACAACGUCCCUUCUGCCAGGCACGCGACUUUGGGGGUUCUGGCCCACUGCCAAUACUUCGGUUGAUCUUACCGUCACCCCGGGUCAGCCGGACGGCACAUGGAUCGAGACCAGCCCACAUAGACAGGCCCUGAUGCCGUUGUACAAUCGCUACGCUGUGGCUUACGACCAAGAAAAGGAUCGGAUGGCAUGGUCUACUGUUUUUAACGGUACUUGGCGAGCCGGAUAUUUGCUGAGCGAAUAUGUGCUGAAUCCGCUGCAGCCGAUUCACCCGCUCGGUGCCAGUGCCGGACUUCCCUGGACGGCUGAGGACGCUGAUGUCUCUUCGGCAGUGGUCAUCGCGUUGGGAGCAUCGGCUAAGACGGCGCGUUUGUUCACAUAUAAUUUUGCGAGACGGUCGGCGAAUUUACCGUUAGGAUACCUCCUCGUGAGCUCCUCCCCGGAGCCCUUGAUUUCACCUGCAGCGAGCUCGGGAUUUCCUGUGCGCGCGGUUUCUUAUGAUGAGCUGGAGAAAUCAGCCGACUGGCUAGCUGAUCGCAAGCCGACGAAACUUGUUAUCGUGGAUUUUGGGGGCAGGGGCGAUAGUUUGCGUCGACUAUGCGAGUUGAUCAAGCAUACUGAGGGCUUAAAGACCAGCAAGAGAGUAAUCAUUCAUGUUGGGGGACAACAAAAGGUCUACACGAGCGAGGAAGUGCAAGCAGCGCGAGACGCAAUGGUGGCCGAGGGCAAAAUCCAGUACAAUACAGCUGGGGUUCAGGAUACCUUGCUGCAGGGCAAUAUCCCAGACGAUUAUCUCAAUGCCGUCAACAAGCGCUGGAAUCAAUGGCUAGAUGAGCGCAACGUCGCAAUUCCCGACAUGCGCCUCGUCUGGGGUAGCGGAGUCGAUGGACCGCAGGGCAUCGACGGUGGUUGGCAGAGACUGUGUCAUGGCGACGUGGGAUCUGAAGAGGCUCUUGUGUACGAGCUGUAG